AUGAAUGCAGAUAAAAGGGAUGCAGAAGACUUGGGAGAGGCCAGUGCCCUGGAGCUUCAAAUCCUCGGCUUCCUCCCACCGGCCCAAGCCUUGCCCUCUUUCUUCAGCGCUAUGAGUCUGCUGCCCAAGCAUGCAGUCCGCUUUCCCCACCUUUGGGGCUCGCUGAGCGUGCUCCUGGCGCUGCUGCUGCUAAUGCGGUCUGCGCCGGUAGCCAGCGCUCGUCCUGUUGCUACUAAUUUGCGAGAGCUGCGUUGCAUUUGUUUAGCCAUCACACCGGGAAUUCAUCCCAAAAUGAUCAGUAAUUUGCAGGUGCUCGUCGCAGGCCCGCAGUGUCCCAAGUUGGAAGUGAUAGCUAGUUUGAAGAACAAGAAGGAAACUGUGUGUCUGGACCCAAAUGCCCCUUUGAUCAAGAGAGCCAUCAAAAAAAAUUUGGAAAGUGGAAACAAGAAAAACUGAUGAAGACCAUACGUUGCCCAGGUCUUCUGCAGAGAGGAAUUUUCU